CCCACUCCCACUCCUCCCCCUCCUCCUCCUCCGCUCUGUCUGCCCACCCCCAGCCCAGCGUUGCCAUCCACACCUCAGCACGCACGUACAUGCGGACGCCUCGACUAAACACCGGCAUGUCUGUUUGUUCCUUUUCAGAGGAGCAAAGGGAAAGGAGGCUCGGUUGGCUCUACGCCGGAUGGAGCCAGGACCUGACCUGGCACGGCCUGACCUGACAUGACGGCAACCAUCCUCGGCCCUGCGUUUGGCUGAUGGGGCCAGUCCGGAAUGCCUCCGUCGGCGUGCUUGUCGGCCGCCAUGGUCGAUGGAGGGCCUUGCUACCAUCCACACUGGCUUCCUUCCUAUAACUAGCCAGCCUGGCCGCCUGCUCCCUUUCAUGACCUGGCAAGCGUCGAGGGUGCUCAGAAACACCGUCGGAUAUCCAAAACAUCAGUCUAUACCACCGAUAGUUCCGGUGGAGUGGCCCUGGCCUCCUUGGAUCGACUACGUACUACUUGCAUCUCUGGCGCCCUCCCACCCAAUCGAGAUCUACUUGUACUCAUCCUCUAUAUAUUUGCCCAUUCCUUUCCGGCCUUGGACCACACACACCACUUGUCUCUCGGCGUCUCUCCUUCUCAGUACCACCAGGUCUCGCGAUCGGCUGGGGUUGAUCCGCACCAGACGUGUCUCAGUCCAGUCGGCAUCUACCUCCACUGCCCAUUCCUCCUCGCUGCUAUAUCUUCAGGGGCGUCCCUCGUGAAUGGAAAAGCAUUCCCGUCAUCCGCUCUUCCUUCACGCCUCACUUACAUGACAUUGCAACAUCUCAUCCUGGUCGGUCAUAGUCAAACGCGUGGCUCCGGAACACAGAGAGAGAAGAGCUUUGCCAGCAGCACAGAGCCUCCGCAGUCCUCAACCAGCAAGAUGCAGUUCGAAUCCGACUUUCGGUUCGACAUGGAUGACGGCUUCAGCAUGUGCAGUCAGGCCAUGUCGUGCCCAUCGACCGGCACCAGCUUCUCAUCUGCCUCGUCGGCAUACGACCCCUUCACCCCGACCUCUCGACGAUCUACACCCAACGAGCUCACCCUCGACUUUGACGGCACCGCGUUUGCUGGCUCCCAUCCCGCAGACCUAACCUCGCCUUCACACAGCAUGUCCAAGUACAUGUUCGGUCCUGUCAAGACAGAGCCGGAGCACAUCUCCUUUCCCAACGGGAUGCCCACUACUCCAAUCAAGAAGAUGGACGGCAUGGCUACUCCCGACUACGACCACAUGCUCGAGUUGAACAUGGCAUCACAACACUCCAUGGGCUCCGUCACUCCCUCUGGACCGUAUCCCAUGUACACCAUCUCUCCUCAGACGGCAAUGGGGCCAACCUCCUUCAUGAUGACCCCGACACACAGCCUCUCUGGGUCUGAAGUGGCUGAAUCCUCUUCCUCCUGGUCAUGCGCCAACGACAGCCCGAUUUCCUUCUUCCCCAGCAAGAGCUUGGGCUCGAACGACAUGGACUCACUGGACAUGGACCGACACUCGCAGUCACCUGUUGGGAGGUACCAUCUGCAGGGACCACCAUCUCCCGGCCGUCUACGGGCCCAUCGCAAGAUGAUGGUCCAUGAGAUCCAACGCAAGACCACCGAACUGCAGAGAGCUCAGAGGAAGCUCUCCGGUCAGAGCGAUAGUGCCCCUGUUGACGUGGUACGGCGGGCCAUGUGCAAGUGUGACUACCCCGGGUGCCACAAAGCGUUUCGCCGCAACGAGCAUCUCAAGCGUCACAAACAGACUUUCCACGGCGAAGGACCUAAUCGCUUCUCCUGCGAGUUCUGCGGCAAGGAUCAGUUUAACCGCCAGGACAACCUCAACAACCACCGCAAGCUGCAUGCCAGGCCAAACAGCAGGAACCGUGGGGUCGAGUUCAUCCCGGCAGCUGUGCCUGUCAUUGAGCAGGAAGAACGCAGCCGAAAGCGUCGCGCUCCACCCAAAUCCAAGACAGCAUAAGCAGCGGGACGAUGUUUCCCUGAGGGAAAUCUCUGCCUUUGCUUUUGCGUACCUGGUGAGAGAUGAUGCGAGGCCUAGUCUCGCAUCGUCUGUGGGGUCAGUGCCGAGACACACACGACGCUCUGCACCUGGCGAGCAGCCAUGCGUUGGUGCCGCUGCGGUCGCGCACACGGACCAACGCAGACACGCCACACAAACAUGAACAUUUCCAUACACACACGCACACACACACAUCCACACCCGCACACACACUGGCGCCCCGACCACACCCACUGCAGAGGACAAGGACAGGCGGCGGAGGUUCCUGGUCUCUGGCAUUUGCCAUAGUGUACGACGGAACGGGCCCACUCUACACCCUCAGCAAGAGGCUGGCAUGUCUUCGUUGGUGGCUCCCAGUCGCAACGGGAAGCGCCGCUUCACAUUUUCCUUCUCUGGUCCAUUCUUAUUCCCCGAUUUGUUUUCUGCCACCAUGUUCCGGCGUACACUGGCUGUUCUGGUCUUGCUGGGGAAAGCUGCGGGGCCACAUUGUGAUAUCCCAAGGAGGGCGAGGAGGACUUGUACGACACCACAUCUUUUUUGUCAUUUUUGCACGGUGGCCAUGGAUUAGCAUGGCACACGCGAUGAGAAAAAGCAUUUUUAACGGAGGAAACGAAUUUAUGCUGACGGGGGCGACGGGCAACCCGGCCUCGUUGAGUAAGGUAAUGCAUUGGAGGGGAGACGGCGCGGCGAAGUGUAUCUUUCGGGGGAGUAUCUGAUCCUCGAAGUGUACUCUAGUAUACACAACCACUGUAAUCUAGUAUUGGGAGGAGGGAAACAACGAACAAGAC